CCUGCACCCCUUCUGAAUCAAAGUUCCUCCAUCUUUCGACAAACUAUUAAUACCCAGCUACGGGCCCCCUGGGAAGCAUCCAUCACCAAACAAUAUCGCACUCUAGCACGACCAACCUUCAAAAAACGUUUCAAAAUGGCUCCUUCUACAGUCAAUACCUCUACUAUCGUUCACCCUCCAUCUAUUUCCUCCAACACGCGCUCAGUGUCACCAACUGCCCCGACCAACACCAGCCAGCCUCCAGCUACCUCCGACAACACCACCUUCAGUUACAUGCAGCCCGGCCCCACCGCCCCGGUCGCUGGCGACUCUGACGCCGAUUUCAACCGCCUUUCCAACAACAGGAAUCUCACUCCCAUCAGACCCAGAGUCACGGUGCCAGAUAUGAGUCUGCUAGUGACGACGCCCAAGAAGUCCUAG